UUGUAUAACCUGUUCUCUGCCAGAGCUGAAGAUGCCAAACUGGGGUGGAGGAGCCAAAUGUGCGGCCUGCGAGAAGACGGUUUACCAUGCUGAGGAGAUCCAGUGCAACAGCCGGAGCUUCCACAAAACUUGCUUCAUCUGCAGAAGGGUGGUGAUAGUCAGACAGUCUGAGACUGCUAACACAAACACCCCUGCAGUUCGCCACCAUUCAAGGGCCUGUUUCCAUCUGCUGCGGAUGACAUUGGCCGGGAUGCUCUGGCCCAAAGCUCCCCAUCCUGCAUCUGCUAACUCAAACCCAAGCAAGUUUGCACAGAAGUUUGGGAGUACGGAUCGCUGUCCUCGCUGCUCCAAAGCCGUUUAUGCAGCAGAGAAAGUCAUGGGUGCUGGAAAGCCCUGGCACAAAACCUGCUUCCGCUGUUUACUGUGUGGGAAGAGCCUGGAAUCCACCACAGUGACGGAUAAAGAUGGAGAGCUCUACUGUAAAGUUUGCUAUGCCAAAAACUUUGGUCCAAAGGGGCGUGGCCUGGGGAACCUGGGUGUGGUUGAGGACAAUGAAUAACAAGCUUAGACCAACCCAAUGCAGCCGCUUUUUCCACUGCACACAACAACCGAAUAUGUCUGUCAGAAUUUGCCCCUUAGUGGCAGUCCUGAUGAAUUUUUUUGCAUGUUCAGAAAAGGAGCGCAAUAGCAAGAGCAUUUAACCUCUAAAACAUUCACCAUGGUGGAAUAAAUAAAAGUGUGCAAAAAUUAAAUUAUUAAUUAAUGAAUUAACUAAAUGAACAAUGUAUUUCUUCUUUAGCAAUAACUAUGCAUUAUGACAAGUUUUAAUGCAUUCAUAGCUCAAUUUGGAUCUGAAAAUUCCACAUUUUCCAUAGAAAAUGAAUGGCUAAUGGUCUAUCAAACGCUAUUUGUUGUGUGCAGUGAAAAGCCAGCUUUAUACUUCAAGCUGAAGUGUGUCAGUUCCAAACAGAAUAAAAGAACAAAAGAAAAGAAAACCCCCCAAAACUCACACCAUUGGUUGAACCAAUGUUCCUGUGUGUGGACUUUGUGGUUAAGCAGUAUAAUGUUGUGAUG